AUGUCUGGAGAAGCUAAAGUCAUAUCCACCGGGCCCCUUCCCGCGAGCGAGGCGGUGUGGACAAAACUUGUAAAAAAGACAUACAAGGACCCCAACGGCGUAACACGAACAUGGGAGUCGGCUGAGAGGACCACCCGGCCAAAGGGCAGCGACAUCGAUGGCGUAGGCAUCGUCGCCAUCCUAGAGAAGGAGACGGACCCCGGCUUCUGCAACACCAACCUCCGCAUGGUUCACGUCACGGUCGACAUGAGCCUCCCCGCAAACCAGGAUCUGAAGCCCGAGCUCGAAGAAAACGAGUUCAUCGAGGUGUUCCUCGUGAAGCUGGUUGACUUGUGGGAGGAGUGCAUCAAGCUCGAAGCACAAGGCUAUGCCAUCGACGCGCGGAUAGCCAACCUUGCCGAAGGCAUAGAGAUAGGCCAAGAAGUUCAAGCUUUAGGGGCGGGUUGA